AUGUCCAACCCAAGUGCCGUCAUCAGGACGGCUCCCAUUGCCAUCGCACCCAAGCCUCCCCGUCGCCAGAACUCUUAUCGCCAAGACAGAUUUGCGAACAUUGAGCUUUUCCGCGGCAGCAUGCCUGCAAGGGAAAUCGCCGAGUCCGUUGGCUCCUACACAACUCGGUCUCUCAGCCCUUGCGAAUCCUGCCAACAGUCUAAAGUCAAGUGCAUCGUGAGCGACGACGAAGACAGCUGCAUACCCUGCCAAGCUAGCGGCUCCGACUGCUCCUUGCUCAACAGCCCCCAGCCAAGGAAACGAAAGCUAGGCGGCGACUUCGACGACAGCGGUAAAAGAAGUUCACCCGCCAGGACCGAUAUCAGAAGUCGAAGGCAACACCAGCCCAGCCUCUCCAGCACCACCGGAAGCAGCUCCUUUCUUGAAGAUAUGGCGAACGUCGGAGGUCCAACUCUAUUGAAGCGGACGCUGGGUCUCCAGAGUGACCGCUACAGCCAGUAUAUCGGUCCGACGACCGAUUUCGAGCCCUCUCUUAUCAACCUCUCACCUUUCAACCCGCAGGAUGAGAGCCUUUUGGCCCGCGGCACGCUGCGGAAGGUCAGUGACGAUGACACCUUCCUCCUGUUACCUGACUUCAACACGCCGGGCCACGAACACGUCCUCGAGGAUAUCGAAGAGAUCGAGAACCUUGUGAGGCCACACGGCCGGAAGCUGAUAGACCUGUAUUUCCGCAUCGUCCACCCCGCCUUUCCUAUCAUUCAGAAGACCGUCUUCCUGGAAAAGUACGAACGCAGUUACCGCGAGUUCUCGCCUUGUCUACUGGCCGCCGUCUACCUAUUCGCCAUUAACUGGUGGGAACACGAUGAAGAGCUCGCACGGGUUCCUCGUCCGAACAUUCCCAACUUGGAACGAAUCAUCCGCACAACUCUGGCCGACGCCAUGUACCGGCCGAAACUGUCCACCAUCCAGGCCGGCCUCCUCCUCUCCCAGCGACCCGAGGGCGAUCAGUGGGCCCCAACCGCCCAACUUGUCGCCAUCGCUCAGGAACUUGGUCUUCAUCUCGACUGCACGCAUUGGAAGAUACCGCCUUGGGAGAAGGGGCUGCGGAAACGCCUCGCCUGGGCUUUGUACAUGCAGGACAAAUGGGGCUCCCUGGUUCACGGCCGGCCCUCACACAUCUUCUCCUCCAACUGGGGGGUGCCGGCUCUCACGCAGCACGAUUUUCCCGAUGUGGAAUGGGACGAAAACGAUGUGGAGGAGAAGCUGGAAAUCGAGCGCGGCCGUACGCUGUUCGGCCAGAUGGUGCAGCUGUCGCAAAUCCUGGCCGAGAUCCUUGAUACCUUCUACUCGUUGCAAGCCAUGCAAACUGUAACCAACGCUGGCGGGCAAGGCACGCACCUGAUUCUGGGCAUGGCCAAGCCGAUCCAAUUGAAGCUCAAGGAGUGGUAUGCCAACCUGCCCACGGCAAUCCGCAUGGAUAACACGUACACGACAAACCCGACCCCUUCAAGCCGUUUGUCGAGCAUAGGAUACCUUCACCUCGCCUACUUUGCCACCGAAAUCACGCUCCACCGUCGCAUCAUUCGCUCUCUCGAAGCCACCGGAUCGGCCGUCGAUCAGUACGUGCAACAGAUCUGCCGGAGCGCAGCAAAGGCGCGUCUCAUCUCUGCCAUGGACUUUGUCAACCGUUUGAACUCGUCCCAUCUGCGUUCAUUUUGGUAUUUCGCAUCCAAGACUAACUUCGCCCUCAUCGGCACUUUCGGGUCGCUUCUUUGGGCAACAUCGCCAGGGAGAGAGGAAGCCGACUGGUACCGAAGGCGCUUGGCGGAAUACCGCUGGACACUCUCCGUGAGCUCAAAGCCUGGUGAAGGCAAGGGCCUGACAGAGUUCGCCAUGACGAUGCUCGACAUUUCGACCGGUCUUCUCAAGAAAUUGCCAGAGAAGCCAUCGAUGAGCCGCAGUGGUAGCGUCGUGGAUAUCGGGCCUGGCAGUAUGAGUAGCAGCUAUGCCGGCAACGGUUUACUCGCCUUGGGCCAGAGUGCACCGCCUGCAAUGACUUUUGCAGCGUUCGGUGGGUUCCAAAGUGCCGAUGUGAGCAACGCACAAAGCCCAAUAAGCGACGACAGCAGCGACGAUGAGAUGUAUGAGACCUUCGCCCCGACGGCGGGCAUGGCGGGUUUGGGCGAAUGA